AUGGCUAUGCAUAAAAAAGUUGAAACAGAACCGGUGCAGUGUUACGGUGCGGUCGGCUUCGAGAGACGCUGUGCGCACACUUCUCGCUGCCGAAAGCCGUCUCGUCCAGGAUGCAUUGAAGCGGACACACACAGCCUGCAGCGAAGAACAACGCGACGGACAUUGCUCUACUCCACUUGGCAUCCUCUUAGACCCCCUCGUGAGCCUUGGCCGACGCCUGGCAAUGCUGGUUGGCUGCACUCGUAUCUGAUGAGCCCGGCGACGUUUUGCUGCAGCGGUAGCCUUGAGUGCCAGCAUCAGCGCAGUUCCAUCCGUGCUGUUUUGCACACGAGCCAGCUCCUCUCCAAGGCCCUUCAGGAUCUCGAGGCUGACCACCAAAACAGUGUGAAUCUGGGUCCUUAAGGAGCUUGAACACCAUCAGGUGCCAAUGCUCUGCUCAUUGUGGACAAGUACUGCGACGAGGACAGCACCUGCCUUCGUGCAAUAUUUCUGGAUGCUUCUUCAUUAUGACUAAUGUGAAACUAUUGUGCAAUUUAACCUUUGUUUACUUCACUAAAAUAAUAAAUGAACCCAACAAUUACAAGAGCAAGCUUGGAAGUGUUGAGACUUCAUAUUACUUUGACUAAAAAAUAAGAAAAAUAUAAUUUUUUAAUGCAGGAA